AGGGGUUGGGAUUAAGUGACAGAUUGUGGACACUGGAAAGACUCGCUUAAGGGAGGGGGAGGCUGCCCUCGCACACAAAGCCGCAAAGCUCCCAAGCCGCAGGCCAACCUGCCCGGGCACCGCCGCGCUCAGGGCGCAGCGACGCGCCAGGAAGCGUCCGCGGCUGUCCCGCUGCCCCGCCGCUCUGCUGGUGGCCGGGAGAAGUUAGUCACCCGGAGCCCGAAGUCGGCUAGCGGCUAGCGGAGGAGCUCAAAAAGACUGGGGAAUGAGGACGCAGGAAACCGGGUGUCCGGAGGGCUGGGAAGAAGUAAAAGGAGUGCGGGGGCCGGGGCCGCCCUGGAAACGGACAGCCCUGGCUAGUGGAUGGAGCUGGGAGAUCUGAGAAGCCAGAGCGCACCAGCCAGCAAAAGGGAAAAAAAGAAAGAAAGAAAGAAAGAAAAAAGCUUGGAGCAGAAACUUCCUACCAAGGGCAAGAAAAGCAAGCGAGAAGGAGGCAGGGAGAGACCCAAAAUGUCUCAAUAACUAAAAACACACCAAAACAUCCCUUCAGGAGAUGAGGUAAGCCGAGGUUAGCCGACGCCGAUUGGUUGUGAAAUAUCACACAGACCCGGACUCGCUGAGGAAAUUUUGUUUUUCUUGCCCAGAUACUUUUCCCCUCCUCGCCCUAGCUCCCUCCUUUGUCCCUCUUUCCCCGGCAUCAGGUCCCGGUCCCUUCCUCCCUCUCCGUCUGGCUUUCCUCGAUCGCCCUCCUCCUUCCCUUCGCCUCCCCCCUCUGAUUAGGCGCGGACGGGGAAGGGUGGGAGCGGUGGGGGAAGCUCUCCCUUUAAGAGGCAGCGUGCAGUGACGAAUUGUUGAAAUUGCCAUUGCAGGAUGGCAUGCCGCUAUAAAUUCAUUGUUCCACCUCCUCGCAUCUUCACAGCGCUCGCGCUGCUCUCGGCACUCGCAGCGGCGGACUGGGGAUGACCGCGGGCAGGAGGACGCCGCCGCCGGAGGGACACGGACCGACGCGCCCCUUCCCCGGCUCGCCGCAGGCCACCCCCUGCGCUUUCGCUUUAAUUUUUAUGGCCUUUUCCCGUUUCUUCCUUCCUUUCCUCCUGCUUCCAGCAGAGCCAAGGAAAUCCACAAAAUAAGGAAGGAAGUGGCCCCAGGGCUUGGAACCUCCGCAGCCGGCCAGUGGCCGAGCCGGGGCCGCAGGCGGUGCGCACUAGUUGCCGGCCGGGUGCGCUAUUCCUUCUCUACUUUUUGGGUGCAGGAUUGCGGCUGCAUUUCGCUUCUCUUCUUUUCCUGUUUUUGCUGAUUCUCCACUACCGGGCAUUUGUCAUUCUUUACCUCCCCACCCCCGCCUCUUUCUUUUUUUCUGUCCUUUUUCUGUUUCUUUUUCUUUUUUCCAUUUCCCCUCUUUCUGGACCACAAAUCCAAACAUUUUCCAAACCAACAAAGAAAAGUUCGCACGCUGGCAUCGAGACCCACAGGCUGGCGCGGCUGCGGUCCCCCCUCCCUCUCCCGCCGACACUUGACUCAACCUCCAAGCGAGCGUGUGGAUGCCCCCUCUCCGCCCCGGCAACUUCCCUAGCGAAUAACAAAUUCCCAUAAAGUCUGGGUGGCGCAGCCCCUCCCCGCGGGCCGCGCACUAUGCUGCUCGGGUGGGCGUCCCUGCUGCUGUGCGCGCUCCGCCUGCCCCAGGCCGCCGCACCUGCCCAGGAUAAAGCCGGGCCGCCUCGGGCUGCGGCAGCGGCCGCCCAGCCCCGCCGGCCGCAGGGGGAGGAGGCGCGCUCGCGGGUCGAGCCUCCGGGGCACCCGCACGCCCUGGCGCCCCAGCGCAGAGCCCGGGGGCUCGUGCAGAGCAUCGACCAGCUCUAUUCUGGCGGCGGCAAGGUGGGCUACCUCCUCUACGCGGGCGGCCGAAGAUUCCUCUUAGACUUGGAGAGGGAUGGCUCGGUGGGAGCUGCCGGCUUCGCGCCCGCGGGAGGCGGGCUGAGCGCACCUCGGCGCCACCGAGGCCACUGCUUCUACCGGGGUACGGUGGACGGCAGCCCUCGCUCCCUGGCUGUCUUUGACCUCUGCGGGGGGCUCCACGGCUUCUUCGCGGUCAAGCACGCGCGUUACACCAUAAAGCCGCUACCGCGCGGGCCGUGGGCCGAGGCAGAGACCGCGCGCGUGUACGGGGAUGGGUCUGCGCGGAUCCCGCAUGUCUACACCCGCGAGGGCUUCAGUUUCGAGGCCGUACCGCCACGCGCCAGCUGCGAGACCCCCGCGUCCACGCCUGGGCCGCACGAGCGCCCCCCUGCGCACAACAGUCCAGGGCGACACGCCGCGCUGGCCCCGCAGCUCCCAGACCGGUCAGCUCUUUCUCCCGCUGGGGACCCAGGACCGCAGACUUGGUGGCGGCGGCGGCGCCGCUCCAUCUCCCGGGCUCGCCAGGUGGAGCUGCUGCUAGUGGCUGAUGCGUCCAUGGCGAGGAUGUACGGCCGAGGCCUGCAGCAUUACCUGCUGACCCUGGCUUCCAUUGCCAACCGGCUGUACAGCCACGCCAGCAUCGAGAACCACAUCCGCCUGGCUGUGGUGAAGGUGGUGGUGUUGGGAGAAAAGGACAGGAGCCUGGAGGUGAGCAAGAACGCGGCUACCACGCUCAAGAACUUUUGCAAAUGGCAGCACCAGCACAACCAGCUGGGAGAUGACCAUGACGAGCACUACGAUGCUGCCAUCCUGUUCACCCGGGAGGAUUUAUGUGGGCAUCAUUCAUGUGACACCCUGGGAAUGGCAGACGUUGGGACCAUAUGUUCUCCGGAGCGCAGCUGUGCGGUGAUUGAGGAUGAUGGUCUCCACGCAGCUUUCACUGUGGCUCACGAAAUUGGGCAUCUCCUUGGCCUCUCUCAUGAUGAUUCCAAAUUCUGUGAAGAGAACUUCGGUUCCAUGGAAGAUAAACGCUUAAUGUCUUCCAUCCUAACCAGCAUUGAUGCUUCCAAACCCUGGUCAAAAUGCACCUCAGCCACUAUGACUGAAUUCCUGGAUGAUGGCCAUGGUAACUGUUUGCUAGAUGUGCCACGGAAGCAGAUCCUGGGCCCUGAGGAACUUCCAGGACAGACUUACGAUGCCACGCAGCAGUGCAACCUGACCUUUGGUCCCGAAUACUCUGUGUGUCCCGGCAUGGAUGUGUGUGCCCGGCUCUGGUGCGCUGUGGUGCGCCAGGGCCAGAUGGUGUGUCUGACCAAGAAGCUGCCUGCUGUGGAAGGGACACCCUGUGGGAAAGGAAGAAUCUGCCUGCAGGGCAAGUGUGUAGACAAAACCAAGAAGAAAUACUAUUCAACAUCAAGCCACGGCAACUGGGGGCCUUGGGGGCCCUGGGGCCAGUGCUCUCGCUCAUGUGGGGGUGGAGUACAGUUUGCCUAUCGCCACUGCAAUAACCCUGCACCCAGAAACAGCGGCCGCUACUGCACAGGGAAGAGGGCCAUCUACCGAUCCUGCAGUGUUGCGCCCUGCCCGCCGAAUGGUAAAUCUUUUCGUCAUGAGCAAUGUGAGGCUAAAAAUGGCUAUCAGUCUGAUGCAAAAGGAGUCAAAACAUUUGUGGAAUGGGUUCCCAAAUACGCUGGAGUCUUGCCAGCGGACGUAUGCAAACUGACCUGCAGGGCCAAAGGCACAGGCUACUAUGUGGUCUUUUCUCCCAAGGUGACUGACGGGACCGAGUGCAGACCUUACAGUAAUUCUGUCUGCGUGCGAGGGCGGUGUGUGCGAACUGGCUGUGAUGGAAUCAUUGGGUCAAAGCUGCAAUACGACAAAUGCGGAGUAUGUGGAGGCGACAACUCCAGUUGUACAAAGGUUAUUGGAACCUUCAAUAAAAAAAGUAAGGGUUACACUGAUGUUGUGAGGAUCCCGGAAGGGGCAACCCACAUAAAAGUCCGACAGUUCAAAGCCAAAGACCAAACUAGAUUCACUGCCUAUUUAGCCUUGAAAAAGAAAAACGGUGAGUACCUUAUCAAUGGGAAGUACAUGAUCUCCACGUCGGAGACCAUCAUCGACAUCAACGGCACUGUCAUGAACUACAGCGGCUGGAGCCACCGGGAUGACUUCUUGCAUGGGAUGGGCUACUCGGCCACAAAGGAAAUUCUAAUCGUGCAGAUUCUUGCGACUGACCCAACUAAGGCGUUAGAUGUCCGCUACAGUUUUUUUGUUCCCAAGAAAUCCACUCCAGCAGUAAACUCGGUCACUAGCCAUGGCAGCAAUAAAGUGGGACUGCACACUCCACAGCUGCAGUGGGUGACCGGCCCAUGGCUCGCCUGUUCAAGGACCUGUGACACGGGCUGGCACACAAGGACGGUGCAGUGCCAGGAUGGAAACCGGAAGUUAGCAAAGGGUUGUCUUCUUUCUCAGAGGCCUUCUGCAUUUAAACAGUGCUUGCUGAAGAAAUGUUAGCCUGAGGCUACACUCUUCUGCGCAAAGACAGCUGGAGGAUGCAUCCUGGAUACAGCUGUGGUGAACAAGAGGUCUACCCCACGCACAGAAAGUCACACUUCAGUGUCACUGUCACCAGGAAUCAAAUUAUGGGCAGAAUCUGCUCUCUGUGACCAAAAGAAGAUGUGUACACUGCUUCAUGUGACAAUGGUGACCUUGAACUAUGGAAAAACUUGGGAGUUAUUUAAUAUCCCCUGGGCCUGCAAGAACAAAAAGUAAAUAAAUAAAACAUUAAUGAAUGUAGAAUCAGGGGACAUUUGAAGAUAGCAAAACAAUCUACCCUCUGUCACCUACCUCUUAUACAAUGUCUUCAAAGGCAUUAUAAUCAGUUUCACCCAUGAUACACAGUAGCUUAUUUUUACUGUUUGUAAGUGCAUUUCCCCUUGGUAUGUCACUUUAUAUUACUUGGUUCUAUUUAUAUAUGUGUAUAUAUAUGUGUGUAUGUGUGUGUAUGUGUGUGUAUGUGUGUGUGUGUGUAUAUAUAUUUCUAUCAAAAAGUGUUUGACCAAAGUAGGUCUACAGCUAUUUCAAUUCCCACUUUCCAGAAAGAGCUGUGGAUAUUUUACUGGAAGUUAAGAACUUGCUGCUGUUUUAAAAAAAUUUAGUACAUUUUCUGGCUAAAACAAACAAAAUAUAUUCCAAAACCAUUUUAACAGCAAGCAUUUUCUAAGCAAUUUUGCAAAGAAAAACAAAUCUCAGCGUAUUUAGUCAUUUCAAUAUAUUCCUGGGUCCAUCUACUUAAACUUGCGGCUACUUAUACUUUUUUUCAGGCAGCCAGCCAAAUUAACAAACGAAUAGAAUAUAGGAAUAGUGUUUGUGUGUAUGUGAUCAAUAUUCAAGAGUAAAAAUUAGUUUCCUUGUGUUGGAAUUUUCAAGAAAAAAUGUAUGUCACCAUGUUUUCAAUUUAUAUUUUCACAACUGCUUGCUCUUUCUAUGGCUCCCAACUGCUAUCUUACAAUGUGUAACAUACAUACAGAACACACAGCACAGAGCUAUUACAUCCAACACCUUAAACAUUGGUAUACCUCUUACCAGCAAGCCUUUAAAAUGUGUUUGUUCUGCUUGUUUGUCUGUUUCAUUCAAGGGUUCUAAAAAUCUACAAUGUUUUAUACUUCUCUUUGGCUUGAUUUAAUAGGCAUAUUAAAGCUCACAUAGUAAUAAGCCACAUCUAGAAGGGGUAAUUAUCAUUAAGGUGGUUAAAGCAAAAAAAGUGCUUAACAUUAAUAAGACUGUUUCCACACAACAGGCAAGAAUUUAAUUUAAUAUAAAUAUAUUCCUACUGUAUUCAAGGUUUUCCCAAUUGGAAAGGGUUUGGCUGUAUCAGUACAUGUGUGAGUGAUAAAAUGUUAUGAUUUUCAGGAAGUAUAUUACAUUUAUUUCCAUAUCUUAUCUAGGUAGGUUAUAAGCUUGAUGAGUCAGCCAUUGAAAAUGUUUUACAAUCACAUGCAUGAAAAUUUAUUUUUAGAUUGUGAACUGCAUAUCCACAUGCCCAUAAGUCAGAAAAUCAAAGAUGUUUAGUCCAUAAGGAUUUAUUCUUUUAUGUGAAAUACUAAAAGCCAAUCAUUUUAUAUAAAAUUUUAUAAAACAAUACCAAAUGUGCCUAUUGUGAAAGAUUUAAAUAUAAAAAUUUUAGGGAAUCAUUGAUUUGAUUCCAUUAAACUUAUGAGAAUUUAUUUUUAGUAUAAAAUAUUUUUAUUAUAAAAGAAUUAUGUAAUUGAUCUCACUAUAUCACAUUAAUUCAUUCAUUUCAGGGGCUAUGAAAACAUGUCUCUUGUUUAAGAUAUUUUCUUAAGAAAUUAUUUUUAAGAACAGAUAAUUAUUUUACAAAAUCUAUAAUCAUCUUUUGGAUUUUCAUAGGAUUAUUUUGUUUUAUACAUAGCAAUUUUAUCUUAAGGAGUUAUCAUUUCAAGAAUUGGAUCUACACAAGACUAGUAACCUAUAUUUUCUGGAGUUCACCAGGUAACAAAGACAAGGGCAGGGAACAAAGCUCUCAAAUUGGUCAGAAAAAAAAAAAAAGAAAAAGAAUUAAAAGAACUCAUACUGAUAUUUAACUGUGAGAACAGAAUCAGUACAAAGCUCAGUGUUACUUUACCCAAUUUGGAAAUUUUAAUCAAAUAACUCAAAUGUGACAAAAUUCAUUUUCACUUUCUGUGGUUAUAUUUCCAGCAACAUUAAAAAGUAUUGAAGAGUAAACAUGGUUGUCUUCCACUCGACUUCACCAUAGUAUAUUCAGAGUUUUGUGGUAAUAUUUAUCAGUGACUCACUUUUCCCCAGAUGCACGAAGUUCUAUACUUCUCACUGAAACAAUCCUAGAAAGGUUAGAAUAAAUUAACCACUCUUGAAGGUUUUUAAGUUUUCUCUCCUUUUUUUGUUAAUGAGUAUCACGAAAUUGAGGAAUGUAUGCCACAACUCCUGAGAAAAGUGGUAUAGACUGAAAACUGUAAUUCAGAGAAAUAGAAUGUUCAGUAGAUAAAAAAAGUGAGCAAAAGGAAAGUGCUCUAUGACUAUAAUUCUGUCCAGUUUGAUUGUAUCUUGUCUCACAUUUCUGUACCUGCAUUUUGAAUUUAAAAGCAAACCGAUUUAGGGUUCAAGAUGCUGAAAAGAGGGAGAAAAAAAGAGUUUGUUUAAAAUGCUCAGGUUUGUAAGAAUUUAAUCUCAUUUGCAUAACUAAGCAGUCUGGAGUAAGUUUUAUUAAGUACAGAGGGAACCCAGAAGAAAAUACGUUUAUUUCUUUCAGAAUAGAAAAGGUUAAAUUAAGCCCUGCCUUGUGGUUUAGAAGUAUAAAAACAUUGCUGUAAUUUAUCUUACAAAUUCAAUUUCCUUUGCCUUCCUGUGGAAACAGUUUUAUCUCAUUAAACUAAGAAUUAAGGGAUGAAUCACAAACAAAAAGAAAAUAAGUUGCAGCACUGAAAAGUAAUUUAUUGUUUUUGCAACUGGUAUGUGAAUUUGUGUGACAAAAUUAUUUAUUCUUAUUUAACAAAAAUAUGUGCAAAUUCUUCUAUAUUUAAACUUUUUCCUAUAGUCCUACUUUUUAAUUUAUGCUUCAUGUUUGUGUAUAAAGUACAGUUUUGUGUGUUUACAUAAUAUACAGCACUGGGCGCUUUUGUAUUUUUUUAUACUGAAAGCUUUCUGUGUGAAUCAAGUGUAUAUGUGUACAUUCUCAUGUUUCCUUCUUCUGAUACUAUCAUUCUUCUUUCCAAGGAAAUUUUAAAUUUAAUCUUUCUUGAUCAGUAGUGUUCAUUACCUGUAGCUCCACGAAUAGGUCUUUUAUAUUUCAUCAGCACUAAUGUUUCCAAGUCACAGACAAGAAAAAAUGCUUAUUCAAUCAAAUAAGGGGUAAAUUGUACACAUGAGCAUACAGAUAGUCUGGAACAGAGGUGGUAAACCUGUGGCAUGCAUGCCACAGCCAGCUGUUUGCAUCAUGGAAAACUCUAAAAGGCUCAUCAUUCCUGACCUAGAAGCUUUCCACUGAAGCUAAGACACAUUAAAGAACCAGGUUCAUUCACAUGAUAGAUAAACACAAAGCACUGUUGAUACUCUAUCUGAAAGUCCUUUACACACAACUUUUGAGUGAUAAGAAUAACAAUAAAGCAAAGCUUGUCUUUUGAGGCUUGAGAAACACUUCCAAAAAUUAAUAUCACUUAGUCUCUAAUAUCUGUAGCAUUCUAUAGAUGAGCACACACACACACAAAUGGGAUUUCCAUGAUUCAGGUCCGGUAAUUUCAACUGUUUGUACAAACAUUGGAUAUCUGCUGGUGAAAUGUGGUUUUUUUAUGACUCUAAAAUCACUCAGAGCUAUGAUCAUCAUACUGGAGAGAGGCAGCAGUAACACACAUGAGAACACUAACUUCACAGUCUGAUCCUGUAAUAUGUCAAAGCACCCUUGGACUCACUGCACAGUUCAUGAGCUCCAUCUCCGGUUCUGACACCCUCUGUUGAAUCUUUGCUAGCAAGCUCAUGUCUAGCCAGAUUGAGAAAUUUGAGAUUUGUGCUACGGCUUCGAGGUCAGUUUGUAAAAUAAGAUUGAAUUUAACAAUGACUGAAUUUUGCUAGUAAUCUAAGUCUGAGUGUGAAAUCUCAUUAGAAAGAGGGCGGCAUAUUAGUAACUCCUUAUAAUUAAAUUUGAGGCCAAAUACCUUAUUUUUAUAGAGUUCAAAGCUAUGAAUACAUGAAAUAACCAUAAGUACAGAAGUACACAUAGGAAACAAAUUCAAGGUGCUUUGUCAUUUAGACUCAAAGAAAAUGAAUUUCUAUGUUUUCCUAGUAUUUUUCUCAUUUGCCAACAACCUAUAGUUUUAUAUUGUCAGAGAUAGAUCUACUGACCUGACUCGUCCACUGAAAUAUUUUCCUAAUAGCUGUCUGUUGGCCUGAACUACAAAAUGAUUUAUUGAGUUAUAUCAUCAUAAAACACACAGUCUACACUGCAUAAUUGUGCUCUGUUCAAUUAAAGUAUGGGAGCAUAUUAAAAUAUAAAACCAGGUAUUAGGCAAAAGAUAGGAAUACAAGAUGGUCACAUCAGCAAAGCAUUCACCUAGUAAAUGCUUAGUGACAUAAUAUAAUUCUACUGCAGGUUUUGUGGGGAAAAUAAAGGGAUAUGUUGUUAGAACUAGUUCAUUUUGAGAGUUAGACUUUAGAAUACAUAUUAGCUCUCCCAAUUAACUGCACCUUACUAAUUUACUAGCACUUUAGUCAUAAUUUUGCUGUCUCUAAUCCUCAUCUGAUGGAUUCACUAACUGUCAUUAUAAACUGCAUAGGUCUAAUGAAAAGAUAAAUAAUGGUCCAUCUUCCUAUAAAAUAUUGCCACAACAGUGACUCAGAGUCUAAUACUGUGAGGAGAACUAUUGUUUGCUAAUAAAACAGGGCAUUUUUUUUCAUAUUACUUUGACACAUCCAAUGAAGAAUGGUUACUGAGGUGCUAAUAUCUUCCAUGAUCAACUGCUUAAUGUUGUAUUUCUCAGUUCUACUUUUUUAUGUGAUCUUAAAAUUUGCAAGGAAGACCUCUACAUUUUUGCUCAAGCCUCAGCACAACUGCACACUCAAAAUUCAGGAAGUAAACAUAGCCAAUGGUCAUUCUGACCAAUGGGGAGUGACACAGCCUACAUGUAUAUUUGAGGAUAUUUAAGUUGUCAACAAAACUUGAAGUCUAUCAAGUCCAUCGUAUUUAAGUGAGUCACAUUUCAGAAUUGUUAAACCAUCAAUGUUACAUUCAAACGUUGGUGUAUUCACCCUAACAUUUUAACGUUGUGAUAUUUUAUGCCCAUGGUAAACACUUAGUGACUAUGUCUCAACCUUAACUUUAACAGCUCACAGUGUAUUAGAAGCACAUUUUCUAUACUGAGAAUGUAUUUAGAAGUACUCACUAUGUAAUUGCAGCUACAUUUUCAACUAAGAACUCUACAGUGACUGAAUAAUAUUUUUGCAUUGUACACUCAGGCAUGACAUAAAUAUUGUUGGUUUACCUUGCUACAAUUAGGAUUGACAAGCAUUCCUUACAUUUUAGUAAUGACCUGUUAGUGGAGAUCACCCACAUAAAUAGACACUGUAGUCAACUAACUAGAUUACAGAAAUGUGUUCCAUUGACAUAAGCUGUGGUACAAAUAAUUUGAUUUGAAUAAAGUCAAGUAAUAAACAUAAGUAGGUGUAGUUGAGAUUUUUAAGUGUUGAAAUAUACUUUCAUUGCUAGAGAAAAAUAAUGAAGAUUUAUAUAGUAUACAUAAGAUAUAAAAUUGUAAACUGCUUAUUAUCCUCAGAUUUCCAGAAGUGAUCAUCCAUAAUGCAGUAGAAAGACCAAAAAUCUUAGGAAAACCAAGCUGGGUCUUGUUUAAAAUGUUUCUUAGCUUUUGCAAACUUCAAACCUGAGUCAACUGCUUAAAGAAUUGCUAUAUCUUGUAGCCUGCAUUCCACAACAGCUCUGCUUUUCAGGUAAACCACUUGAACUGAGCCGUUUGGGAACUGUCUGUUCUGUAAUAUUUUUCAUUGAGGAGCAAUAUCUUAUUUUGUAAAGCAUUUUCCUGUGUGUGACUUAAAGCUGUAAAACAUUGGUUUUGUGGUUUCAGUGGACACAAUAAAUACAAAUUGUAAACUAGGUUAAAGUAUAUGCUGCAUAUAAUAUGUUUUAGAGUUGGAAACUACUGUCUAGUUAUUUUCAAUUUGCUUAUGACAUCAGUUGCACAAAAGCGGGCACCAAGAAAGUCCUAGGCUCUCUAUAACUUCUAUCGUUCAUCAUUCACAUUGGCAUAGACAAUAUUAUCUAUUAAAGUUCUGUGGAGCUAUUA